UCUUGUGCCCAUUGUCCUCACUAACAAAUCCACUAAGCUUAGCAUCUCACAAACGCCCAAGCCAGCCCCUUUUGUCCUUUUCCUGAGCCAUUUCUGUCAUAUUUUCAAGUAAAACUACUAAGAUCAGUUGUCCUUCUACUCUUCUGCCUCUCUCUUUCCUUGGUAUCGUUCAAGAAGAUGUCGGCCGCCGGGAUCUUUACAGCUCUGGUUGCUGGGUCUGGUUACGGCGGCCUAAAAGCCAACACAACAAAGCAACUGUUCCCUGCAAAUGAAUCUAUUGCAUGGAGCAGCAAAACUGUCUCCAAUGGCUCAAGAACUCAUUGUAUGAAGACAUGGAACCCAAUCAAUAACAAGAAGUAUGAGACUUUGUCCUACCUUCCUCCACUUUCUGAUGAUUCAAUUGCAAGGGAGAUUGACUACAUGAUUAAAAAGGAAUGGAUCCCUUGCCUUGAAUUCGAUGAGGUAAGAUAA